GCGUUUGUCCUCAGUGCCGUUUCUACCCUUGCCUUGCAAGGCCGUGCCCGACACCCCGCCCAUCCGCCGACGUCGAUCCACAUCUCGCACUGGAUUGGAUUACAUAAUCCCUAGUUUAACGGUGUUCGGAAGUAUGAAGGGAGAUGUAAUCUAGGAUUUGUUAGUGCGCCGUAUAGACCUUUGGAACAGCGGAAGCAUGGGCCGCAUUGUUUUCUUGCUCUCGAUCACGACCUUCGUGUUCGCAGCCUGGCAGGAUAACCACAGGCCAAAGAUGUACGUCCAACUAGGUUUUGACGAUGUGGACAGGUUCACCGGAAACAACACCAACAUCGACUAUUUCAGGUUGAUUCUCAAAGACGGCAACUUUAUUCUCAUCGGAGCAAGAAAUCUUGUGUACAAUGUCAGCAUAACUGAUUUCUCAGAAGCACAAAGAUUGGUUUGGUACUCGCCUGAAGAAGCUGUGAAAAUGUGUGUUGUUAAAGGAAAAGAUGAGGACAAUUGUCAAAAUUAUAUAAGGAUAAUUGCAAAGACAGAACAAGGAAAUUUAGUUCUUUGCGGUACAAAUUCUUUUAAACCUGUGUGUCGGGAAUACUCGAUUGCUGCUGGUUCUUAUAAUCUCAUAAGAGAAAAACCAGGACAAGCAGUCUGUCCAUAUGAUCCACUUCAUAACAGCACUGCAGUUUAUGUCGAUGGGGAUCUCUACACUGGUACGGUGGCUGAUUUCUCUGGCAUGGACCCCAUUAUUUAUAGAGAACCUUUACAAACAGAACAAUAUGAUUCUAUGAGCUUAAAUGCUCCAAACUUUGUCAAUUCCAUGACCCAAGGGGAUUUUGUGUACUUCUUCUUUCGAGAGACCGCUGUUGAAUAUAUCAACUGUGGAAAGGCUGUGUUCUCAAGAGUUGCAAGAGUGUGUAAAUAUGACCGUGGAGGCCCGCAUAGGUUCCGCAAUAGGUGGACAUCUUUCCUGAAGUCUCGUUUAAAUUGCUCAGUUCAAGGGGACUUUCCAUUUUACUUCAAUGAAAUCCAAUCUACAACUGAAUUGGUAGAAGGGACUUACGGAUCUGUAACAACUCAUCUUCUGUAUGCUGUAUUCACAACUCCAAUUAACAGUAUUGGUGGAUCUGCUGUUUGUGCCUUUGCUCUUCAAGACAUUACAGAUACUUUUGAAGGCAAUUUUAAGGAGCAAUCUGAACUCAAUUCAAAUUGGCUACCUGUGCAAAGUGUAAAAGUGCCUGAUCCUAGACCAGGGCAAUGUGUAAAUGACUCAAGAACUCUCCCAGAUUUAACGCUAAAUUUUAUAAAAACUCAUGCAUUAAUGGAUGAGUCUGUGCCUUCCUUUUUCAGACAACCAAUUUUGGUUAGAACAACUUUUCAUUAUAGAUUUACACAAAUAGCAGUUGAUCCUCAGAUAAAAACACCUGGAGGGAAAUCUUACGAUGUACUUUUUAUAGGAACAGAUAAUGGAAAAGUCUUAAAGACAGUAAAUGCUGAAUCUGCCGAUUCUAUUCAAAGAGUGACACCAGUUGUAAUAGAAGAGCUACAAGUAUUUCACCCAAAUGUGAGUGUCAGGAAUUUGCAAAUUGUCCGAACAGCAGCCCAACCAGAAGGCAGGCUCAUCGUUGUGUCAGAUUUUGAAGUCCUUUCUCUUCGCCUGCAUCGUUGCGACAAAGUCAACUCUGGUUGCAGUGAAUGUGUCGCACUGCAAGAUCCCUAUUGCGCUUGGGAUCGUCUUAGUGGUAAAUGCAAAUCUGUAGGUGCUCCUAGGUGGAAUGAGGAGAAGGUAUUUUACCAAAACAUACAGCACGGAAUACACACAUCUUGCCCCUCCACGGGGAAAGUACAAGGGAAAGAUGCUCUUUCACAGAACGUUGGCUUGUCAUCGCACAAUCCCAGUCAAAAAAUUGAUGUAGAACGCAAAGACAUUGGCGAUGGAGAAGUCAUUAACAUUAUGCAAGAAGACGAUAAUCAUUAUAAUGGACCAGAAGUUAGUGCCGCAGACAGUGCUGCGUUGCAUUACACCAUAGAAACUAUGGCUAUGUCCGUGGUAGCAGCAUCUCUAGCUGCACUAUUAGUAGGCUUUGUGUCUGGCUACUUAUGCGGGCGUAAAUGUCAUAAAGACGAUGACGACAACUUACCCUACCCAGAUACAGAAUAUGAAUACUUUGAACAAAGGCAAAAUGUCAAUAUGAGAAUGCCAACCGAGCCGAAGUUGUUACCACAAGAAGAAGUUACCUAUGCAGAGCCAGUAUUGGUUCCGCCUAAUAAAAAUAUGAAUUCUCCUAAAGCUACAUUGCGUAAAAAUGAAAACCUCUUCCAGUUUAACGAUAACUACCAACCACCUUAUGCCAGACCGAACCGUGAUCAUUUUGGGACUUUAAGAUCUCAACGAGACACAGCAAAGAAUGAAUGCGCUGGUAUGGGAUACCGUGAUGGUUUUGGUACAACUCGCUCUGUAAAAAAGGUUUACCUCUGAGAGACAGGUGGGGAGGGUGGGCGAAGUCUGCCUGGGCGUGCUCGAGCUAGUCGUAGGCACCCCUUGGCCAGCUCCCCACCCUCCAGUUCUUCCCCAUCUCCACCAUCCUCAAGCCCAUCCCCACCACACACUCCUCCACAUCCUCCUCAACCUUGCAGCUAUAUUUACAGGGCGUGAACCCCGGACCAUAAGUCAAGUGCCAAAUGUUGUCUCAUAAUGAGCAUGGACAUGCAACUAUGGGCUAGUUCCUUUUUGUGAAAUAUGAGUAAAAUCCAAUUCCACACCGUUUAAUACUGGAUUGGAAGUCCUUUAAAAAAGUACAUAAUAAACAUAAAGCAAUUUGUGACAACAGGAAAAUAUAAUAAAUUAUAUCCCAAGUAUAAAAAUUAAUGAUAUUGUGUAUGUAAAUUUUUUUUUUUCAAAUUGACCGACUUUAAGCUUUAAUAUUAUAAGAUAGUUGUAGGUCUAUGUAUAUUUAUAGACAACCUUCUAAGGAAGAAUUAGAAUUCAGCUGACCGCAAGUAGUGAGUCACAAUGCCUUCUUGUUGAAUUUGACAGUUAGUAUGUUACUAAAUAUGUGGUAAGCCUUAACGGCUUUGUUAUUUUAUCUUGUAUGAAACAACAUUAUUACUGAAAAUGUUUAAAAAUUAAAAAUAUAUACAGUCACACAGGAAUAUGCACAUAAGAUUAAUGCUGUGAUCAUAAUUAUUUUCUAGUUUGUUAAAAAUAUAUUUUUGCCUUUAAUAAGUAAAGUCCUUGUAAAUUCAACCUUUCUGGAGAAGUUCUGUUAAGCUCCCAUAAAGAACUGUCAAUAAAUAAAGAUUUUUUAUUAUUUCUUUUUUUUAAUAUAAAUAAAAAUAAUACAUGCAAAAGUAAAAAAAAAAAAGAAAAUACUAUCCAGUAACAUUUUGUAACAGUACACAAAUUUGGCUCAGGUGCUUGUACAUUCUGUAAAACAAUUUGUAAACAUAAAGCUGCUACAUUAAGCGCAUACCACUUUCAAAUUAAAUUUGUAAAAAGUGAACACUGCGCAAAAAACAAAUUGAACGUUUUUAAAAUUCAGGUUGUUUUACAUAUACACAAUUAUUAAAAAUAAUUUAGAAAUUUCAUUUGCUUUUGUACUCUAUGGCAGCAUAGGGGAUGCCUUAGAUACAUUUAUAGAAUUCUUAUAUGUACAGACUCAUAUUCUAUAUCAUAACUGAUUGUAUAUCUCAUCCAAUCUGGAAGAAAGUAGGAUCACUGGAUAAUGUAGUGUUUUUUGUUUUGUUUUUUUCCACCACAAACAAUUUUUCAUUCAUGUGAUUGCACAUUUCUGUAUAUAGAUCAUUAACCCUGAUCAGUAUUGAUGUUAAUAUAUUUCAUUACUUUAUAUUUUUUUUGCAUGAGUGCUUUUGUUGUGUGCAACUCGUCCACUAGUAGAGCAUUAAUUAUAUAAACAGCAGCAAACUAUUUAUAAUAUUUUAGUGAUAUGGCAUAUAUACAUAUAUGUAUGUAUGUGUGUAUGUAUGUAUUUAUGUAUAAAAACAUAGAAAAAUAUAUAUUUACAUAAUUGUUACUUAGAGUAUUUGGAAACAGUGCUAUUUUAUUGGUAGCUCUCUGUCAUGUGAUAUGCACUGGUGACUACUGACAUAUUCAAAAUUAGUAUAAUAGGACGCUUUUGAUUUUUUUUUCUUCUUUUUUAUUUUUUGCAUAGACUAUGUCUGAUAAAUGAACAGGGCAGUUAUAGAUAUGUUGACUUUUUUGCAAAUAGUAUUUAAUAAUAGUUACUAGCUAUAUAUGAAUAUAUUAUUCAAUCUGUAUAGGUUUUAAUAUAUAGGUGGUAAACAAGACUGAUAAGUUCAUAUUGGUUUUUAUUUUUAAUCUUUUUUUAAUGCAUUUUGCAAAUUUUGUAAACAAAUAUUUGUAAUUUAUGCACCCUAUGAGAUAUCAAUUUUUAAACUUCCUUGGAUUAUUUUCUUUCUUUUAUAGAAAUAAUCUGAUUAAUUGAUUAAAAAUAUGGAAGGGGAUUUGGGCACUGCAUUUAAAAUAUUUACAUAUUUCAACUAUAUCAUAGCCAAUAUCUAUUUUAAAGUCUUGUGAUAUUUUGCCAGCACAUAAGGCACAAACAAUUGUAAAAAUAUUAUAGCAAGUGGUAGCGAGUUUGAUAUUUAGCUGUGUAAAUUAUUAUAUCUAUGAAAGUUUAUUUUAUUAUUUAUAAAUUUUAAUUUACAGACUUUUUUAAAAUCAUUAUUUAUUAUAUUAACAUUUACGGUGCGAGUGAGUACCAUAAAAGUAAAAUGUGUAUAGUUUUGGGAAAAGUGUUAAAAAUUAUAGUUCCAGUGGUUAAACCAGACAGUGCCAGACUAUGUUAAGUGAAUUAGGGUUCUAAUAUUCUUGGGAUGAUAUCAAGCAAUUACAUAAAAUUACUUUUUUACUAAUAUACUGAGAGAGGGUUUGACUGCAACAAAUUAAAAAAAAAAAAAAAAAAUUGUACGG